GCAAGCUUUCACGGUUUCACCACACCAACCUCUUACUUCAACACUCCCCUGGACCGCAAACCCUACUUUCUUCUACCAGCUUACCGCUCUCUCUUUUCUCUUUCUUUUAUUUUUCUAUCUUUGCACAGCAAAACAGGAAAAUGAGGGAGUGCAUUUCCGUCCACAUUGGGCAGGCCGGAAUCCAGGUCGGAAAUGCCUGCUGGGAGCUUUACUGCCUUGAACACGGUAUCCAGCCUGAUGGACAAAUGCCCAGUGGCAAAACCGUUGGAGGAGGGGAUGAUGCCUUCAACACAUUUUUCAGUGAGACUGGCGCAGGGAAGCACGUUCCUCGUGCUGUCUUCUUGGAUCUUGAACCCACUGUUAUUGAUGAAGUGCGAACUGGUGCCUAUCGCCAACUCUUCCACCCCGAGCAGCUCAUCAGUGGAAAAGAAGAUGCCGCCAAUAACUUUGCUAGAGGCCAUUAUACAAUUGGGAAAGAAAUCGUUGAUCUGUGCCUAGAUCGUAUCAGAAAGUUGGCUGACAACUGCACGGGACUUCAAGGCUUCCUUGUUUUCCACGCCGUAGGUGGUGGCACUGGCUCGGGUCUUGGAUCCCUAUUGCUUGAAAGACUCUCGGUUGAUUACGGGAAGAAAUCAAAGCUUGGUUUUACAGUGUACCCAUCUCCUCAGGUUUCAACCUCUGUUGUUGAGCCUUACAACAGCGUCCUGUCCACUCACUCUCUUCUGGAGCACACCGAUGUGUCUGUACUCCUUGACAACGAAGCUAUCUAUGACAUCUGCCGCAGAUCAUUGGACAUUGAAAGGCCAACCUACACCAAUCUCAACAGGCUGGUCUCUCAGGUUAUUUCCUCGCUGACAGCAUCUCUUCGUUUUGAUGGAGCUCUCAACGUGGAUGUUACAGAGUUCCAGACUAAUUUGGUUCCGUAUCCCCGUAUCCACUUCAUGCUCUCUUCCUAUGCCCCCGUUAUAUCCGCAGAGAAGGCAUAUCAUGAGCAACUCUCGGUUGCAGAGAUCACCAACAGUGCGUUUGAGCCAUCAUCCAUGAUGGCAAAAUGUGAUCCCCGCCAUGGUAAGUACAUGGCCUGCUGUUUAAUGUACAGAGGCGAUGUGGUGCCAAAGGACGUGAAUGCAGCAGUUGCCACAAUCAAGACAAAGAGGACAAUCCAGUUUGUAGAUUGGUGCCCAACUGGCUUCAAGUGUGGAAUCAAUUACCAACCACCAACGGUUGUCCCUGGUGGAGACUUGGCCAAGGUUCAACGGGCUGUGUGCAUGAUAUCAAACUCAACCAGUGUUGCUGAGGUGUUCUCAAGAAUUGAUCACAAGUUUGAUCUCAUGUAUGCCAAGCGUGCUUUCGUACAUUGGUAUGUUGGUGAAGGUAUGGAAGAAGGAGAAUUCUCAGAAGCCCGUGAGGAUCUUGCCGCUUUGGAAAAGGAUUACGAGGAAGUUGGUGCUGAAUCUGGAGAAGGGGACGAUGAAGAUGAGGGAGAGGAGUACUAGUCCCAUAGUUGAGCAGUAGUAGAUUUAUAGAUGUGGCUCUUUUUGCUUUCAGCGUAACAUCACCAAUCGACUCAUUGGCCUGCAAUGAGGGAUUAAACCGUCCGUUUUAUUAGCUAGUGGAUUUUCGUAGUUUUCAUUUUGGUGUAUUAGAGCUGUUUUCUUCAAGAGAACACUCUCUUUCUUAAUGGAAUCAUCAUAUACAAUUCUGUUUUUAGCUAA